GGAGGAGUUCACCAAUGGUUCACUUCAGUGAAAGGUCGACCUCUUUUUGAGAUAGAAAGAGAGAGAAAGGCUGGAUUUUGAAAGGAGCCCGAGAGGAAGAAGGAGGGCAGGAGGAGAGGAAUGAAGAAGGAAGGAAGAUUCAUUGCUUUGAUCGGCGUGCUUGUGUAGGAACUCAUGGAGGUGGUGGGUGGGUGGGUUUUCUUUGGGGACUUUUGUCGAAUAGUUGGAGAGCAUAGAUAGCCCCACCUUGUUGUAAAAACAUAAAGGAAGCCCUUUUUUCCUCUCCUUUUGCAGGGGUUUUCCAUUGAUUUUUUUGUUGGUCUCUUUCGGAAUUGGGGGUCUGCGAGGGGAUUGGGAUUGGAUUGGACCCCUCUCUUUCACUUUCUCUACUUCUCUCUCUUUCUCUGUCUCUUCUCUGCCUCUGGUCUAAGCAGCUGAAGAAGAAACAGAGACAGACAAGUUUCUCUUUUGUGACCACUUGGAAGCCUUCUUUUUUUGGGUGAACAUGAGAUUCCCUCGUCAUCCCUCGACCUCCUGCUGCUUCUGAAGCAGAGCAGUCUUUUGUUCAUUUCUUUUGAUUUGAAGGCUUGGACUGAGGUUCAGUCCUGUUAUUUUCCCCUUCCUCCUUUGCUAUUCGCGGAGAAGAGAGGAGAAGCAGAGCAAUUGAAAGGCAAAUGCUUUUGGUUGCUUUGAGCUGAAGAAGAAGGAGAAGAACGGGGUAAUGGAGUUGGUUUCUUUUGAGUUGCUAUUGCCUUUGCCGGAAUCAUUUUGAGUCCCAAAAGCAGAGCAAGUAUCGAAGCGGAAAACAGAGGAACUGAAGAAAACAGAGCCCACCGCAGAAAUGGCGUCCGUUGAAGAAAAGGGGAAGGGCAGCGGAGGUGGCGGCGGAUUGGUCGGUGCCGGAGCACAACCGCCGGCGACUCUCAUUGAGGAAAUGAAGCUUCUGAAAGAAAUCCAGGAUCAUUCUGCUGGGAACCGUAAGGCGAUAAUAAACACAGAGCUCUGGUACGCCUGUGCUGGCCCACUAGUUUCCUUGCCUCAUGUUGGAAGCCUCGUCUAUUACUUCCCUCAGGGCCACAGCGAACAGGUUGCAGUUUCUACAAAGAGAAGUGCUACUUCUCAAAUCCCCAACUAUCCAAACCUUCCAUCUCAGUUGCUGUGCCAAGUUCACAAUGUGACCCAGCAUGCAGACAAAGAAACGGAUGAAAUAUAUGCACAAAUGAGCCUUCAACCGGUCAAUUCAGAGAAAGAUAUCUUUCCUAUUCCGGACUUUGGAUUGAAGGCCGGCAGACAUCCCACCGAAUUCUUCUGCAAAACCCUGACAGCAAGUGAUACUAGCACUCAUGGUGGCUUCUCAGUACCAAGGAGGGCUGCAGAGAAGCUCUUCCCUCAGUUGGAUUACACAAUGCAACCUCCUACUCAGGAGCUUCUUGUUCGAGACUUGCAUGACAAUGCCUGGACUUUUCGCCACAUCUACCGAGGACAGCCAAAACGACACCUCCUCACGACUGGCUGGAGCCUUUUCGUCGGAUCAAAGAGGCUGAAAGCAGGAGAUUCAGUCUUGUUCAUCAGGGAUGAGAAGUCACAGUUAAUGGUGGGAGUGAGACGAGCAAAUCGUCAGCAGACGACACUGCCAUCAUCAGUUCUCUCAGCAGAUAGCAUGCACAUUGGUGUCCUUGCUGCUGCAGCUCAUGCUGCUGCAAACAGGAGUCCGUUCACCAUCUUCUACAAUCCAAGGGCAUGUCCUUCAGAGUUUGUCAUUCCUUUGGUCAAAUACAGGAAAGCUGUGUACGGAACUCAAGUCUCUGUUGGGAUGAGGUUUGGGAUGAUGUUUGAGACGGAGGAAUCGGCCAAACGAAGAUACAUGGGGUCAAUAGUGGCUGUUAGCGACUUGGAUCCCUUGCGGUGGCCUGGUUCCAAAUGGCGAAACCUCCAGGUGGAGUGGGAUGAGCCAGGAUGUUCUGACAAACCGAGUCGUGUUAGUCCAUGGGAAGUAGAAACUCCCGAGAGCCUUUUCAUUUUCCCUUCUUUAACCUCAGGUCUCAAGAGGUCCAUCCAUGGUGGUUACUUAGGAGGAGAAACUGAAUGGGGAAAUAUGAUUAAAAGACCCCUAAUCUGGCUUCCUGAUGGUGGCAAUGGAAGUCUUCCUUACCCACCAACAAUUCCAGAUUCUGAUAGACUGCUUAAGAUGUUAAUGAAACCACCAGCUAUAAACUAUCCUGGACUCUGCUCUUCUCCUGCCUUCCAAGAAGUCUGUGCUGCCAAAGGACCAUCGGUGGAAGAUGUUAGGAUCAUAAACCAACAUUCAGAUGUAGCAGUUAUGUUCUCUGGAAACCAUCCCCUUUAUCAGCAGCAACAGCAACAGCCGUCGUGUCUAGAGCAACGUGAGACUGGGAAUUCUUCGUCGUCAUUCAAAGUCAACAAUGUUCCUGGAAAGCCAAAUCAUUCAACGAAACCUGAAAAAAAUCAAGCACUGACCCCACCAGAGAAGAUGGUGAAAUCAGAAGCUGAGUUGACCCAGGUGACUACUGCUGAACAUUUACCGAAUGGUCACUGGUCCAUUAUGCAGCAGCCACUUGAAGAGCCAUCGUCAUCAGUUGCUCAGCCUCUUCAGCAACCACAUUUCCCUCAACCUGACCAAAACGUCCUUCCAUUCCUGGACACAGUGGACGAAUGGACAUCACAGCAGUCUCCAGCAAUGCAUGUCUCAGCAUCAAUCCAAAGACAGCCUGGAACAAUGUCAAUGUUCGGGAUGCAAGAACCAUCUCCUCCCAUACUCUUUCCCGAAACAAUAGUGAACCAGGAUGUGUGGGAUCAUCACCAGCUGAACAACCUGAGGUAUCUAAACCAAUCGACCCAGUUCGUACCGAUGUCUCAACAGGAUCAUUGCAGCUUCAACUCGGUUGAUGAGAGCAAUGGCCAAAGUGGAAUCUAUAGCUCUCUCAAUAAUGGCCAUGGUGGUGGUGGUGUUAUGAUUGACCCUUCGAGUACUAUUCUAGACGAUUUCUGUUCCUUGAAGGAUCAGGAUUUCCACAACAACCCUUCUUCAGAUUGCCUUGUGGGCAACUUCAGCUCGAGCCAGGAUGUUCAGUCUCAGAUCACUUCAGUAAGUUUGGCGGAUUCUCAAGCUUUCUCUCAGCAGCAGGAGUUUCCUGAUAGCUCUGGUGGGACUUCUUCUAGCAAUGUGGAGUUUGAUAAGGGCAAUAGCCUCGUGCAAACUAACUCCUGGCAGCAGGUUGCUCCCCGCGUGAGGACUUAUACUAAGGUUCAGAAGGCAGGGUCAGUUGGUCGAUCCAUCGACGUUUCGAGCUUCAAGAACUACGAGGAGCUAUGCUCGGCGAUCGAGUGCAUGUUCGGUCUUGGGGGGUUGCUGACUAAUCCAAGGGAGUCGGGAUGGAAGUUGGUUUACGUGGACUACGAGAAUGAUGUCCUGCUCAUUGGCGAUGAUCCAUGGGAGGAAUUCGUGGGAUGUGUACGAUGCAUAAGGAUUCUAUCGCCUCAAGAAGUUCAGCAGAUGAGCGAGGAAGGGAUGAAGCUACUCAACAGCACGAAUAUGCAGCAGGGGAUCAACAUUGCUUCCUCUACCAUCGCACAAGGUUAAUGCUGACACCACAAUGAAUGAGAGAGGGAUACAAUGAAUCAGUGCUCUACAGGAAUGCAAAUGGGCCGACUGAUCGAACUUCAUUAUCUGUUAGGAAGUGGAUCCAGUACACCCCAUUACUCACUGUAUCAGCAGCAUCAGCUGCAGCAGCUUUAUAGCUAGCUAGGGUUUAGGAGUAGGAAUUGGGGAUCUUGUGAUUUAGUGAUUUACCAUUGCCAUCACCUUGGUUAAGGUGCGGCUUUCCUCGUUGUAUGUUGUAACUUGUAAGCUAAUUGGAUGAAGUUGAUGAGUAUCUAGAAGAUUGGCCACAAAAUGAAGAAAAACUAGAGAAGAUAGUUGACCCACAUAUGACCAAGUCUCUGGCCCUGGCAUGGCGACAACCCCAUAUAAAGGCUACGUAUUUCCAGUUAUGCAUAACUCAUGAUAUGGAGGCAGGAAAGGUCAAUU